AUGGAAGCCAGCAGGCAUAUUCACAUGAUUUGGUUAUUUUUUUCCUUCUUUUUUCUCCUAUUUUUCCCCCUUUUGUAUUACUUUCUCUCUUUCUGGAAUACCAUCACUAUUUUCCCUUUUGUAAUCCCCUCUCUCUGUUUCCCUUUGUAUUCCCCCUCUCUCUCUUUCCUUUUUUGUAUUGCUCUCUCUGUUUUUCCUUUUUGCAUUCCCCUCUCUCUGUUUCCCUUUUGUAUUCCUCUUCCCUUUCCCUUUAUAUGUCUCUCACUCGCUUUCCCUUAUGUAUUCCUACUCUUCCUCACUCUCUUUUGUAUUCCCUCUCUUCCCCACUCUCUUUUGUAUUCCCUCUCUUCCCCGCUCUCUUUUGUAUGUCCUCCACUUUCCCCACUCCCUUUUGUAUUCCUCUGCUCCCCCCACUCCCUUUUGUAUUCCUCCACUUCCCCCACUCCUUUUUGUAUCUCUUCUCUUUUCUCACUCUCUUUGUAUCUCUUCUCUUCUCUCACUCUCAUUGUAUCUCUUCUCUUCUCUCACUCUCUUUGUAUCUCUUUUCUCACUCCCUCUGUAUCUCCUGUCUUCUCCCGCUCCCUCUGUAUCUCCUGUCUUCUCCCGCUCCCUCUGUAUCUCCUGUCUUCUCCCGCUCCCCCUGUAUCUCCUGUCUUCUCCCACUCCCUUUGUAUCUCCUGUCUUUCUCUCUUUUCCCCUUUAGUUUUCUCUUCACACACUUUCUCUCUUACAUUUGUAUCUUUUCCUGUCUGUUGUGUAUUUUGUCCCCUGAUUUUUCUUUCUUCUCUCUUGUUUUUCUCUCUUUUUGUUUCUUUCUUCUCUCUAUUUCCCUCUCUUGUUUCUUUUUCUUUCAUGUUUCUCUUUCAUUCAUUUCCUCUUUCCUCUUUUUUAGUUUCAUGUCACAGUAAAGUGCCAUUUCAACAUUUCCGAGUUUAUGCAAAUGUUAGUGAAAUAAUUGGUGCUAUACAAGAACCAGGUGCUGGAGUAGAAUUGGGAAUGCAUGUCCGAGGAGGAAUUGUUUACAGAAAUUGUUUCCAAGGUUGUGAUUUGGUCAAUUGGUUGUUACGAUGGUCAGUUGUGAGGAAUCGGGAUGAUGGUGCAGCCAUGGCGCAGACCCUUUUAAAGCUUGGUCACUUGCAGGAAGUAGAAUUAAAUGAUGGCUCAGCAAUUGCUGGACAGAGAUUCAAGGAUGGAGAAAGUUUGUACAGAUUUACUUCACUGAAUAUGGGCGCCAAAAGAGACAGUUGUUCAGACAAUACUGACAGUGAUUCCAGUAGUUCUGAGGAUGAAGAAGAAGAAGAAGCAGGAGAGGGUCAGAAGAGACCCCCAAAGAAAGGAAAAGUCAUUAAAGAAAGUUUUCUUCUCAGAAAGAAAAAUUUGAGCCCUGGUUGGCAAGCUGUGAAAGUGAUUCUACGUGAGAAUCCAUCUACACUUGAAUUCCAUAAAGCUACUGUGAUGUUAGAAAAUGAGAAGUUAUGUACAGUGAUGGAUUUAAAUGGUUGUACUUUUCUUUCUAUCUAUCUAUCUAUCUAUCUAUCUAUCUAUCUAUCUAUCUAUCUAUCUAAAAUCAGUUUCUUCCUAUCUAUCUAUCUAUCUAUCUAUCUAUCUAUCUAUCUAAAAUCAGUUUCUUCCUAUCUAUCUAUCUAUCUAUCUAUCUAUCUAUCUAUCUAUCUAAAAUCAGUUUCUUCCUAUCUAUCUAUCUAUCUAAAAUCAGUUUCUAUCUAUCUAUCUAUCUAUCUAUCUAUCUAUCUAUCUAUCUAUCUAUCUAAAAUCAGUUUCUUCCUAUCUAUCUAUCUAUCUAAAAUCAGUUUCUUCCUAUCUAUCUAUCUAUCUAUCUAUCUAUCUAUCUAUCUAUCUAUCUAUCUAUCUAUCUAUCUAUCUAUCUAUCUAUCUAAAAUCAGUUUCUUCCUAUCUAUCUAUCUAUCUAUCUAUCUAUCUAUCUAUCUAUCUAUCUAUCUAUCUAUCUAUCUAAAAUCAGUUUCUUCCUAUCUAUCUAUCUAUCUAUCUAUCUAUCUAUCUAUCUAUCUAUCUAUCUAUCUAAAAUCAGUUUCUUCCUAUCUAUCUAUCUAUCUAUCUAUCUAUCUAUCUAUCUAUCUAUCUAUCUAUCUAUCAUCUGUUCUUGAUGUCUUAAAAGAUGACAAUGUGAGUGCUGCAAAGCGCCAUCUAUUGUCUGUGAAAGACAGCAAGGGCAAGCGACUGACAUUAUUGGCUGGAAGCUUGGAUGAGUGCCGAGGCUGGCAGACACAACUGCAUAAUCUUUGCAAAUCCGCCUCAGCUGUUGCCACAGCAAAGUGA